AUGGGAGCCCAAUUCUCUCAGUUUUUCCCUCCUCGUCCGAGCUUCCAGCUCGACAAGCUCCCCUCACAAAAGGGAAAAGUAUUCCUCAUCACCGGCGGUGCCUCAGGGAUUGGCUUUAAGAUUGCCGAAACCCUGUAUGCCAAAGGCGGCAGGGUUUACAUCGCCGGCCGCUCGCAACAAAACGGCCAGGAAGCCAUCGAAGCCAUUCAACGCGCCGUGCCACAGACCGAAGGAACGCUGGAUUUCCUACAUCUCGUCCUGGACGACUUGACCAGCAUUAAAGACACGGUAGCCGCGUUCCAGGAUAAAGAGUCCAGGCUAGACGUGCUCUUCAACAACGCUGGCGUCUCCCAACCGCCCCUCGGAAGUGUCUCCAAACAGGGCAUCGAGCUUCAACUAGCAACUAACUGUCUGGGGCCAUUCCUGCUCACUAAGCUGCUACAUCCCAUGCUCGCUGCCGCUGUGCCGGAUGCUGCAGCAGGCACGGUACGCGUCGUCUGGACAAGCAGUCAAGUGGCCGAGCUCUCAUCUCCGCCGGAAGGCAUGAUAAUGGCAGAACUAACAACGCCCCCAAAAGACAAUGUGCGCAAUUACGUCAACUCGAAACUGGGGAACUGGUUUUUGUCAGUGGAAAUGGCGCGAAGAUAUGGGUCCAACGUGGGUAUUGUCAGCGUGGCUCAAAAUCCUGGCGCAGCAAACACGAAUCUGUUGCGGAACGCGAAGUGGAUGAAGAUCCUGUCCUGGCCGCUGCUGCAUAGUGCCGAGAUGGCUGCUCACACGGUGCUUUAUGCCGGCUUCUCUAACGACCUGGGACUGGAUCAUAAUGGGGCGUAUGUUAUUCCGUGGGGCAGGAUUCAUCAAGAUGUGGCGCCGAACUUGGUGACUGCGAUGACAUUGAAGGAGGAUGGAGGAAGUGGUCUGGCAAAGGAUUUCUGGGAUUUCUGUGAUGAGAAGACCCGCGAUUAUUGUUAA